CUCUAUUAGCGCUCAUCUCUAUCUGUACAUAGCGCUUGUGAAAUAUUUGUUUGCGGCUUUUGUACAUCAAAUAAUAUUAACAAAUGAGCCGCGCUCCUCUUGACACUUGGACCAAACGCGAACAACUAUGCCUGGCAUCAGCAGUUUCGUGCAGUGGCGACCAGAAUUGGAUAACAGUUAGCCGCACACUUAAAACAGUUUGUGGCAAUGGAAAUUCUCGACCCGCGGAUUGGUAUUCUCAGAAAAACUGUGCCGUCCAGUAUGGCCACCUUCUGGAGACGGUUGAGACCACAAAACGCAAGAAACGCACCAACGAAAGCAGCGGCUUCUCUUCUCCGGCUACCGUCGUCGUGGAGACUCCCACAGAGAUCCUGCUGCGGCGGCUAACUGAAGAGCGCCUGCUGGAAGUCAAAACUCAGAUGCGCCGAGAUCAGGAGCUGUAUAGAAAGGUGCAACGGGAAAUUGAGGCCUUGCAAUCUGAUGAAAUAACUGAGGAGGAGCUGCAGACGAUGUGGCAGGAAAUAGAAAAGGAACAGGAAACAAAGCGCAUCGAUGAAAUGAAGCUGGAGAACCGAAUGCGGGAGCGCGAGCAACGGAAAAAGGAUAUUGCUGGCAACUGGCGUAACCGAGAAAGUGCAACAGGAAGACGCUCCAAUCUAGCUGCCGACACAACUUCUGUGGACAUGGAUGUGGAGGAUAUUCCAGCCGCCAACCCAGCUGGAAACAGUAAUAAACAGCAAGCAGCUCCUGCUCCCUUGCUAACAUCGCUACUUAAAUCGCCCGGUGGCAGCAAUAGCAACACCGCCACAUCUCCAACAGGCAGCUCCGGGGGCACAGGCGUAGCUCGUGCAACGGCAACGGCGCCAACGAUAACUUCGUUGCUGACAAGUGGCGCCAGUGCCAUGCCCAGUCAGCCGGCAGUCAUAUUGAAAAGCUCAAACGAUCCAGAAUUUAUGACACGACCCAUUAGCGGACCGCCGCCACCUGAGGUGCCCAUCACCGAGCGCAGCCCCUCACAGGCAGCGCCGACGCUGUCCAUGCUGCUGGAGAAGAAUAAAGUAGCUGCAGCAGCAGCCACUGCUAAUAAACCGAAUGAAUCGCCAACAAAGUCCACAGAUGCCGAGGCAAACGUCAGUGACAAACAGGCUGCAGCAGAUCUGGAGGCAAUUUUCACGGAUGAUCCCGCGGAGCAGCAUCUCAUCGAGGAUUUUUGCAAGAACAUUAUUGACGACAUUGGCAUCGACAUGGUCAGCGUUAUUGAUGAGGAGAUAUUAAAGAAUGUUGACAACGUUGUUUCACCGGCUGAGGCGCCAGUCAAAGCUGAGGCAAUUGACUUUGAGGAGAAACUGGAAUCGCUAAAGCAUGACGAAACAGCCAAUCGCAAGUCCAGUCAAUCGCCGGCACAGCCGAAAGCACAGGAAGUGGUCAUUGGCUCCAGUGAUGACUCCAACGAUAAUAUACCAUUGGCAGCCGUGGUAUCACAGGAGAGCAAGGAGCGCAGUCAGCCAUCAGUUGAAGCCCCAGACAUGGCCAUAGAUGAUGCGGAAAUAAUCGCCGAGGAGUUGAACGAGACAAUAACAAUUGCCAGCAGCUCAAGCGAGGAGAAUGCUCGGGAAGUGCCCACGCCUGUGGUGGCUGAUACAGCAGAGGCAGUUGAAACAGCAGUUAGCAAAUCUCCUGCAGCAACUGAAGCCAACACACCCGAAGCCAGCAAAAAAACAGAAGAAGCUACUGCUUCGGAUGAGCCAGAAGUGAAAGCUGAGCAAGUAGAGGCCAGCAGCGAAGUGCCCAAAGAGGAACCCAGCAAGGAAAGCAGUUCGGAAACAUGCAAACAAACAGCCGAAGCCAGUACAGAGCUGAAGACGCCUGCACCCACUGCUGCCAGUUCAGUGCAUGACACGGACGAGGAAUCUUCCUCGCUGACGGACAGCAGCAAAGCGGAUGAGCCCAUCCGCAAUACGAAAUCAACAAAGCAACAUGCGGAAACCAAGCCCGAUCCAGAGCCGACUAGUGGCACACGGCAGACGCCACCCAGCGGCUUUGGGUUAUCCAGCACACCUGCUCCUGCGCCCCUUUCUGCACGUGCGCCAUUGUUGCGCAGGCUGCCGCAUCGCGAUCGUUCGGAGAGUCCCAUGGUGGAUGAUGAUACAACAACGGCCAGCGACCAUUCCACAGCCAGAUCCAGUACACGGCGUCGCUGCUCCUCAACUCCUGUCAUAGACAGCAUACCCAAUUCACCGGCGUCCAGUGAGCACACUGACGAUCGUCGGGAGACGCGUGGCGCCUCCAAGAAGCUCUUCCUCAGCAUUUACAGCACGCUGCAAGAGAGCAAGCAUGCGGCGCCCUUUCGGCGCGCCUUUAACGACGAGCAUCCCCACAAGAAGGCCGAGCUGUGCCUGCGUCCCAUGGAUCUGCCCACCAUCAAACGCAACAUCGACUCCGGCCAUCUACGCAGCAUUAACGAACUGCAGCGGGAUGUGCUGCUCAUGUGCCAGAAUCUGUUGCUGGUCUACAAGCCGCACACAGCGCAGCACAAGACGGCGUUGCUGUUCAUGCAAGAAUGCAGCUCGCUCAAGGAGUUCGCGUCUAUCACUCACAUGCAAUCCGACAACAGUUCCUCCAGCAGCAGCAGCAGCAAAGUGGAGAAGGAGAAAGAGAAAGAAAAAGAAAAGGAGAAGGAGAAGGAGCGUACACCAGCAGGCAACAAAGCACGCAGUGGUUCGCGCAAGAGCCAAAGGCAUCAUUAGACUAAUUUCAUUAUUAUUAAUAUUAUUUUUCCAUAAUCAUGUCAA